AUGAAAGUCAGAGAAGUUCGUAAUAGACCGAUAGGAACACCUUGGGCACACAAAUUGGCUAUUGGAUGGACUGUCUGUGGAGAACUGUGUCUAAGACGUGAAGGUGGGCCUGUCCAUGUGCGAACGCAUCGUACUGUGUGUCAAAAGUCGUCCUAUCCAGAAAUAGACAAUAUCCACGUGGAACCCAAAGUAAAACCAUUGGCCAAUUCCUCCCACGAGAUCCUGCAUCAUGAAUACAUUCCAUGCCCAAACAUGUUCGAGAUAAAAGAAGCUCGCGAAAAAUUGGAGGACAACCGGGAUGACGUCUUUUGA